GUUUUUCAAGGAAGUGAUGAGCAGCUGAAUGAAUUAUAUUACAAUCAUCAGAAAACAGUAAGGGAUAAAGAAAGGAAAUUAAUAGACUGCCAACGUGAACUGGAAAAAUUAAAUAAAGAAUCUAGGCUUCUCAAUCAAGAAAAAUCAGAACUACUUGUUGAACAGGAAAUGGCUGACAAAGAUGAACAAAUCAGAAAAAUAAAAUCUAGGCACAGUGAUGAACUAACUGCACUGUUGGGGUAUUUUCCUAACAAAAAACAACUUGAAGACUGGCUUCAUAGUAAAUCAAAGGAAAUUAAUCAGACCAGGGACAGACUUGCCAAAUUGAACAAGGAACUAGCAUCAGCUGAGCAAAAUAAAAAUCAUAUAAGUAAUGAACUAAAAAGAAAAGAAGAGAAGUUGUGCAGUUAUGAAGACAAGAUGUUUGAUGUUUGUGGUAGCCAAGAUUUUGAAAGUGAUUUAGACAGGCUUAAAGAGGAAAUUGAAAAAUCCUCCAAACAGCGAGCCAUGCUGGCUGGAGCCACAGCAGUUUAUUCCCAGUUCAUUACUCAGCUGACAGAUGAAAACCAGUCCUGCUGCCCUGUCUGUCAGAGAGUUUUUCAGACAGAGGCUGAACUACAAGAUGUCAUUAGUGAUUUGCAGUCUAAGUUGCGACUUGCUCCAGAUAAACUCAAGUCAACGGAAUCAGAACUGAAGAAGAAAGAACGGCGUCGUGAUGAAAUGCUGGGGCUUGUGCCCAUGAGAGACUAUGAUGAGGAGAUAGAGCAGCAGCUUGAUAGUGGGGGGAAAAAGAGUAAGGAUGCAAAGGAACAGAUAAACCCUUUAGAAACCACACUGGAAAAAUUCCAGCAAGAAAAAGAAGAAAUAAUCAACAAAAAAUAUUCCAGCAAUAAAACAGCACAGGACAAACUGAAUGAUAUCAAAGAGAAGGUUAAAAAUAUUAAUGGUUAUAUGAAAGACAUUGAAAAUUACAUUCAAGAUGGAAAAGAUAACUAUAAGGAGCAAAAAGAAACUGAACUUAAUAAGGUGAUAGCUCAACUAAGUGAAUGUGACAAACACAAAGAAAAGAUAAGUAAAGAAAUGGGAACAAUGAGGCAAGACAUUGAUACACAGAAGGUUGCCUCCUUCUUUGUUUUUCCCUACCAUCCCUUCCCUCACACAAUGGUUUCUUUUUCCAGAGCAAUAAUGAAAUUUCACAGUAUGAAAAUGGAAGAAAUCAACAAAAUUAUACGUGAUCUUUGGCGAAGUACCUACCGAGGACAAGACAUUGAAUACAUAGAAAUUCGGUCAGAUGCUGAUGAAAAUGUGUCAGCUUCUGAUAAAAGGCGGAAUUACAACUACAGAGUCGUGAUGCUAAAGGGAGACACAGCUUUGGAUAUGCGAGGACGAUGCAGUGCUGGACAAAAGGUAUUGGCCUCACUCAUCAUCCGCCUAGCACUGGCAGAGACAUUCUGCCUGAAUUGUGGCAUCCUAGCCCUGGAUGAACCAACAACAAAUCUUGACAGAGAGAACAUUGAAUCCCUUGCGCAUGCUCUGGUUGAGAUAAUAAAAAGUCGCUCACAGCAGCGUAACUUCCAGCUUCUGGUCAUCACUCACGAUGAAGAUUUUGUGGAGCUCUUGGGACGUUCUGAGUACGUGGAGAAAUUCUACAGGAUUAAUAAGAACAUUGACCAGUGCUCAGAGAUUGUGACAUGCAGUGUUAGCUCCCUGGGCUCUUAUGUUCACUAACCAAUAGCUUCUGAUGCCAGUGGAGCCCAAUGCACUAACGGGAACUUGGUUGUCAAGGCUCUAUGAUAAUAAUGGAAGUCACCUCACCUGAAAUCCAACAGAUUUUCCCAGGCCGCCUCACACACGCUCUGUUCUUCACGCCUUUCCCUGGGACAAGAGGAAUAAAUGACCUCAUGCUUUGUUAA